AUGGAUAACACUAAAACAGAGUCCUACGUCGAGGGGUACUCCGAGUCAUACGAAACAGAGGCUCAUCUGAGAUGGCAGAACUUCAAAGACUCGUUUAAGCGUGUUUCGAUGGAGGAAGAAGACGAGGAUAUGUUCAGAUCCAUGACAGACAUAGAAAAGGCCAAUCUUCUAACAUCAAAGUCGCCUUUGCAACGGAAGCUCAAAUCCAGAAAUAUCACCAUGAUAGCCAUCGGGUCAUCUAUUGGCAGUGCCUUAUUUGUCGGUUCUGGUGCCGCUUUGAAUACCGGCGGUCCCGCUGGUAUCUUGAUUGCAUGGACAAUUACAGGUUUGGCCAUUUUCACCACAAUGCAAAGUUUGGGCGAGUUGUCAGUCGCCUUCCCUGUGAGCGGAGGCUUCAAUCUAUAUGCUACUCGAUUCAUUGACUCAUCGGUUGGAUUUGCUGUCGCUUGGAACUACUUCAUCCAGUUUUUGGUUUUGCUUCCGCUUGAGCUUGUGUCCAGUUCUAUCACUAUGCAAUUUUGGAACAACUCCGUCAACCCAGACGUAUGGGUUCUCAUCUUUUACAUUUUUGUUUGUUCCAUCAACAUGUUUGGUGUCCGUGCCUACGGAGAAACUGAGUUUCUCUUUUCUGCCAUCAAAGUCGUUGCCGUUGUCAUGUUCAUUAUAGUCAGUAUUGUCUUGGCUGCCGGAGGUGGGCCAAACAACAAGUAUGUUGGUUCCGAAUAUUGGCACAACCCAGGAGCUUUUGCCAACGGAUUCAAGGGUUGUGCCUCUGUCUUCGUUACUGCUGCAUUUGCAUACGCUGGAGUCGAACUUGUUGGUCUUGCUGCUGCUGAAUCGGAAAAUCCCAGAAGAGCAUUACCUCGUGCUAUCAAGCAGGUUUUUUGGAGAAUUUUGAUGUUCUACUUGGUGUCGCUUACUUUGAUUUGCUUCUUGGUGCCUUACAAUGACGAUAGAUUGCUUGGAGCAUCUAGUGUGGACGUGAACGCUUCUCCAUUCGUUAUUGCAAUUGAGCUGGGUGGAAUCAAGGGCCUUCCUCAUGUGAUGAAUGCUGUCAUUUUGGUGUCAGUUAUAUCGGUUGCAUCUACAUGUGUCUACGCCACGUCAAGAACAUUGACAUCAUUGGCUGAACAGGGUUUGGCUCCAAAGAUUUGUGCCUACGUUGAUCGUGCCGGAAGACCAUUGGUGGCAAUUGGAAUCUCCAAUCUAUUUGCAUUGCUUGCCUUCAUUGCCGCAAGCGGAAAACAAGCUGAGGUGUUCAGCUGGCUCAUGAGUAUUUCUGCAUUGAGUUCGAUUGCGCUGUGGAUAAGUAUCAACUGGGCUUACAUCAGAUUUAGAAGAGGUUUGAAGGCUCAAGGUAGAGGCACGGACGAGUUAACCUUUGUUGCCCAAACUGGCACAUUAGGGUCGUAUUUCGGCUGCAUUGUAUUUGCGUUGGUUUUGGUUGCCCAAUUCUGGAUUGCCUUGUUCCCAAUUGGAGGUUCGCCCAACGCAGAAGACUUUUUCAUGACUUACUUGGGUGCAGUGAUUUUGAUUGUCUUUUACGUAGCCCAUAAGGUGUGGAAGAGAAACUGGAUUCUUCAAAUUCCUGCCAAAGACCUUGAUAUCGACACGGGAAGACGUGAGCCUGACUUGGAACUUUUGAGAGAACAAAUCAGACAAGAAAAGGCCAUUUUACGCUCGAAACCAUGGUACUCGAGAUUCUACCACCUAUGGUGUUGA